CGGAGCUGGUGCGAAGAGCAAGUCGCCGGAGCUCCUCCCUGUCUCGAACAGAGCCGAUCAAUUUCUCCCAUAAAUCAUAUACCCUUGACAUUUUGACUCAAUCUUUACUCAAAUUUAUCAAACGCGUGAUAGAUUAAAAUUGUCCAUAUCACUGCAAUUCGAAGGUUGAGAGUUUCAGACUUUGACCGUUUGCAUUAUUAUUUGAUGUUUUUCAUGGAAGGAGCACAAGUCAAAGAUCGGUUUUUUCUUUAUAUUGGGACGAAAUGGCCACUGCAAUUCCGGCUGUAUCCGCUGCUCAUCCUUCCCCUUUCUCGCCGGCGAAAUUCCUGUUGUCUUCUCUUCGCCUCGCCUCAAUCUAGUGAAAUUCAAGGGUUAACGAAAGAGGAAAAAUUCCAGCUGAAGUCUUAGAAACAAAUUAGGUUGAAUCUGCUGAUUACUGCAAGAUUCAAUUUAGGGAAAAUGUCUGCAAUCUAUGAUAACUGGGAGAGGCUGGUGGCUGCUGUUAUAAAGAAGCAGCAGAUAUGGGAACUCUGCCAUCAAUCUUCCAGCACCCUCUCCGGGGCUUCGUAUCUGUCUUCUUCCUUUGGCGAUCUGAGCUUCGAAAUUUCAAUAUUACUACAUAAUUGCCUCCGAAGCUGUUUCUGUUCUCACAGUUCUGCCCUGCUUUUGAUGUCGAAAAUUCAGCCUUGGCUUCUGUGAAGUUGCUUGGGACCGGAACCUUUGGAAGUGUGUAUGUGGCUAUGAUGGAUGGCGAGCCAAGGUUUGUGGUGAAGAGGCUCGAGUCAGAGGGUAUUUCUGAACUGGAAUUCAAGCGGAGCAUGGAGAUUCUUGGAAAAGUUAGGCAUGAAAAUGUGGUUGCGUUAAGAGCUUAUUAUUCUUCGGCGGAUGAAAAGCUUAUGCUGUAUGAUUAUUACAGUAAUGGAAGUGUGCAUUCGCUAUUACAUGGCCAGACGAAAAAUGUAGACUGGGAAACUAGAGUAAAAAUUGCCGUCGGUGCAGCUAGGGGCAUUGCUGAAAUACACAAUGAAUUUGGUGGGAUGCUUGUCCAUGGAAACAUUAAGGCAUCAAAUAUUUUUCUGAAUCAACAACUAUAUGGUUGUGUAUCAUAUUUCCUGUUUUCAAACAUGGCGAAAACUAGACUGAUAUCCACUUCAUCAGAUGUGUAUAGCUUUGGAAUUCUACUACUUCAACUUCUAACUAGAAAGACUCCUGCGGCUGUUAACCUAGUCAAGCUGGUUAAUUCAGUUAAAACUAAAGAGAGGGCUGCUAACGUUUUUGAUCCUGAUCUAUUGAAGCAUCCUUCCAUUAGAGAACAGAUGAUUAAAAUGCUGCAAAUAGGAAUUAGAUGUGUGGCUAAUUCAGCAAAAAAGAGACCUAAAAUAUCUGAAGUGGUGGAGAUGUUGGCGGAUAUUGACAUAUCGAGCCGAGUGAGCCGGUCUUUGGACUCAAUGAGUCAAGAAGGAAAACUUGUAUUUCUUGAGGAUGUUAAUGUUGGUCCCGUGUUUGAGAUCGAGUAUUUAUUGGAGGCUUCUGCAGAGGUGGUUGGGAAAGGAUCAUUCGGUACUAGUUACAAGACAAUACUCGACAAUGGAAGCAUAGUUGUGGUGAAGAGAUUUAAAGGUGUGAAUCCAACAUUCAAGGAUUUUCAGAAGCAUGUGGAGUUAUUUGGAAGAAUGAAUCACAUGAAUAUCGGUAGAUUAAAGGCUUAUUACUAUGGAAGAGAAAAUGCUUUUGUUGUAUGAUUAUUACAGUCAAGGCUGCAUAUCUUCGCUACGUGGGAUAAGAGGUGAUGGUGUGAUACCUUUAGACUGGGUGACCAGAGUCAAGAUUGCUCUAGAUGCAGCAAGAGGCAUCGCUCAUGUCCACGGACAAGAUGAGAUGCUCGUGCUCGGAAAUAUAAAAUCCUCCAAUAUUUUCAUCAACGACCAAAAUCAUACCACUGUGGCCUUUGAUGCUGGAUUGGCAAAUCUGAUAAGUCCCGAGAGGCUGCCACAUGUACUAGAUUUAGUCUACUGUGCCCCAGAAGUAGCAAGCUCGGGGGAAGUGUCACAGGCUUCUGAUGUCUAUAGCUUUGGAGUUGUGCUGCUUGAACUUUUUUACGGAGUCUCAUCUCAAGUUUUUUCAUUGCUGCCUGAGCUGGUUCGAUCUGUUAAUCAUACCCAUGACUGGCCUGCGGAACUGGUGGAUGGCGCUUUUCUGAGGUACAGAGACAAGCAGGCGCUGGCACAAGCAUUGCAGAUGGCAGCGGGUUGUGUUGGCACAGUCGUGGAACAUAGGCCUACGAUAUUUGAAGUUGUGAAGGUGUUGGAGGAAAUUAAUGGAGUCGAUUGUUCAUCUGUUCAAUCAAGAUUGGAAU